UGCAGCAGCAGCAGCAGCAGCAGCAGCAGCAGCAGCAGCAGCAGCAGCAGCAGCAGCAGCGGCAGCAGCAGCAGCGGCAGCAGCAGCAGCGGCGGAAGCAGCAAAUGCGCAUGCAGUGCUACCGCAGCACCGGCAGCGUCUUUGGAAUGGACGGCGGCGCAGAAAGACUUCGAACUUAUUUUUUCCAACUGUCUCCGAAAGAAAAGGACUUGUCGCUUUUGCUGGACACCGACUUCUACGAAAGCAAAAAAAACACUGUCACCGCCAGCAUCUUUGAAAAGCUCAAUUCGCAAGUUGUUGACGACUCCACUGGCCUCGCCCUCUUCGUCAACGUUAAUCGACCACCUGCUGACGGACCUGCGCAUUCUGUUUACGCUGCCGAAAACGAAGUUCACCAACUUGGCCCGAGAAAGAGUCUGACGAUGCAGGAAGUUUACGAGCUGCGGACUCGACUGAAAGUUUGUCCUUUCACGGAAGACUUAAUUUACAAAGUUGUCAAAGAAAACCCCCAAAUGCUGAAGCUCCUCUACAAGGAAUUCGAGAGUUUGCACAACCCUCGGGUGGCGGGUCGUAGCGGUUGUUUGGGGAGCGCAGCAGCAGCAGCAGCAGCAGCAGCAGCAGCAGCAGCAGCGUCGCCGUUGCGGGGUCUUGUGGCGCAGCUGGACUCUUUCGAAGCCGUUCCGGUGUUUUUGAAGUUCCUGGAAUUUAAUUUUUCGAUUUUAAAAACUAAUUUUUUCGUGCCAGCCAAAUGCGGCUUCGGAUUUCGACUCUGCGGAGAGUUUUUGCCAAAAGAAGACUUCCAAAACAAACCCUUUUCCGUGGUUUUCCAUCUUGCUGCUGCUGCUCUCGGGCUGCACGUGCGCUGCAGCGAAGUGGCGCGCGGGGGUUUGCGGCUGGUGAAAAGUGUGGGGUUUGGGGUGUACGUACAGAACGCGAAGGCGCUCGUUGACGAAGUUUUCAGACUUGCUUUCACUCAACACUUCAAAAAUAAAGAUCUUUCAGAAGGAGGCAGCAAAGGAGUCAUUCUCCUAAACCCUCAACACUCCGAAGAAGAGGCACAGGCCCUCUCCCCGGUGGCUUUCAAGGCCUUCGUCGACAG